GACGACCAAGGCUCGAGCGUCAUCACACUCGCCGGGACCAACACCGGUGCAACCAUGCGAGCCGAGUUGAACGGGAAGACCACCAAGCUCGAGGAAGCGGGUGCGGACGAGAACGAGUCCUUGGCCUCCUACAUUAACAGCAACUUCCAAGCCAUCAACAACUCCAUAAUGUUCGGCGGCAGCUACACCGGCAACGACCCUGGUGUUCACAUGGACAUGUCUGAUUACUACGAAGAAGGGCAUAAGGCUGAGAAAGGAGCGGCUAAAGGCAAGAAAGUUGGGAAGGAUAACGCUGAGUCCGGUGGCUCUUGGUUUUCAAAGGAAUGAUUUUUUUAGGCGUACCAAAAGUUGGAAAGUAACCCUAAAACAUAUAUAUAUGUGAAGGGUUUUUUAUCCAUUAAGUAUAAUAAUAAUGAUAAUAAUACCAUAUAUGUACUAAACAAGAGAUUUCCACUUGAGUUUUUCCAUUCUUAAAAGGUUAAUAAACGGAUUGAUAUUGUUCAUAUG